AUGCCGGCGAAGAAAGUGCUGAUCGGGUUCGGGGUCGACGUCGAUGCUGUUGCAGGAUGGCUUGGGUCGUAUGGUGGGGAAGAUUCUCCCUUGGAUAUAUCACGCGGCAUGUACGCAGGCGAAGUUGGCGUGCCUCGACUCCUCAAACUGUUCGAUAAAUACAAGAUUAAAACAACUUGGUUUAUCCCAGGACAUAGCUUGGAGACCUUUCCGGAGCAAAUGAAGGCUGUGAGGGAUGCGGGACACGAAAUCGGGCUUCACGGAUACUCCCAUGAGAAUCCGGUGGCGUUGACCGUCGAGCAACAGAAGGACAUCUUGGAUCACACGUACAAUCUGUUGACCGAGUUCAAUCGCGGAAUACCUCCGAAGGGUAGCGUUGCUCCCUGGUGGGAGACCAGCAAAGAAGGAACAGACCUCUUACUGGAAAAGGGAAUCGAAUAUGAUCAUUCCAGUAUGGCACAUGACUGUCAGGCCUACUACAUGCGCGAUGCCGAUACGUGGACGAAAAUCAAAUAUCAGGCCAAGGCAGAGACAUGGAUGAAGCCGCUUCUGAAAGGAAAUGAAACAGGGCUUGUUUGUAUACCAGCCAACUGGUACCUUGACGACCUCCCUCCCAUGAUGUUCAUCAAGUCGAGUCCUAACUCUCAUGGUUGGGUCAACCCCCGAGACGUCGAGGAAAUAUGGAAGGACACAUUCUCGUAUUGCUACAGGGAGGAAGAAGAGUUUAUAUUUCCCAUCACCAUCCAUCCUGAUGUUAGCGGGUAG